CUUUUGCUCCAUCGCCAGAAAGAAACCAGCAUGCGACUUAUCCUCGUGCUCGCCCUGCUCGGCGGCGCAGCCGCUCUCGCGGCAGUGACUCGCAGAGCCGUACAGACGUCGUCCGGACUUCUCCGCGGCGUUCGCUCCAGGAUUUCCAGCAUGGGCCACGUCGAAAAGUUUCUUGGCGUGCCUUAUGCCAGAGCUCCUCUGGGUCAGCUCCGCUUUGCUCUGCCCGUUCCAAUAGAAGAAGAUGCUGCGAGAAGGCAGCUGGACACCGACAAGCACGGCCCGUCCUGCUUCCAGCCUCCGCAUCUAAAGGAAGUUAUGAGCAACCUCUUGGACACAGACUCAACAGAGAUGAGCGAAGACUGCCUCACGCUCAAUGUCUACGUUCCCGAGCUGCAGGACGCCGAGCGGCUACCCGUCAUAGUUUGGCUUCCUGGAGAGGGGUUCGAUUACGCCGUGGCUCGUCACUUCGACGGGAGUUACCUGGCCCUGCAGGGAAGGGUCAUAGUGGUGACGGUCAACUACCGGGUGGCGGCGUUCGGCUUCUUGAGCACGCUUACCACCGAGGCCCCCGGCAACGCGGGACUCUUCGACCAGCGCAUGGCUCUCAAGUGGGUGAAGAAGAACAUCGAGCACUUCGGUGGAAACCCCGACAAGGUGACGCUUAUGGGACGCUUCACGGGCUCCAUGAGUGGUAGCAUCCAUCUUGCUAGUCCCAUCAAGGAGAGGCUAUUUGAGAGGGCCGUCUUGCAGAGCGGAAUUGCGGUUGGUGACUACGUCUUUGAUUCAGCACCCCUGAACGUAACUAGUAAGCUCGCCAAUGCCGUCGGAUGUCAAAGAGACUCUAUUGCUGGCAUGGUCAGUUGCCUGCAAGAACUGCCUGCUUCGAAUUUACUCAGCAGCUCGCUUCGCAUUGGACAGUCUUUCCGUCCAGUUUUUGACGGCGAGCUCGUUAUUGAGGAACCCAUGGAAGCCGUAAAGAAAGGUCGCCAUCAGGCAGUAGACGUCAUCAUUGGGACGAACCAGCACGAAGGUUCGCUGUGCUUGCUUACUCUUCAAUAUCUCAAGUCCAACUUCUACGACCGCCUCCUCAGGAACACACUGACUUCCGAAGACCUAGAUGAGAUGGUUGACUAUCACUUGCAUGACUUUACGAAGAAGAAGGAUGAUGUGCUCGCUAGAGUGGUUCUUCACGAGUACCGCUACCAGCACGCCAGGGAAACUUUCCGCCACCAGUAUAUACAUUUCUGCGGGGACAUGUACCUGGCGUCACAUGCGGAAAAAAUGGCUAGGCUUCUUUCGCAUCACAAGAAGGGCUCUGUUUUUGUCUACCAGUUUACACACCGGCCGUCUUUCUCAACCCAACCGGGUUUCAUUGGUGCCGCUCAUGGCGACGAUGUCCUUUUCGCCCUGGGUCUUGUUUUGAAACAGCAAGAUAUUCCUAAAGAAGAGACACUCCUCAGCAAAAAAAUGGCCCUUUCCCUUGGAAACUUUGCUGACAAUAGCGAUCCGAGCCUGGUCAAUGACCUCCGUUGGGACAUGGAGUGGCCAGAAUACAACCGGAACAGCAAACACGUGAUGCAUUUUGUCACUGGACAUCUCACGGCCAAGCCUUCCAAGUUAGACCGAGCCACGUCUUUUUGGCACGAAGUCGUCCCGCUGCUCGAAGAGACUAGGACCUAUAGGACCGUCCACCAACCCAUAAUGACAGGUCACUCUAUGGCCAUGACGUCAUCACGGGCCUUCGCCUCCGAACCAGGCCCACUCCUGUUCUCAAGUCGUCCUGGAAUCGCGUUGAGUUUGCCAGAACACCUUUCCACGACAACGCGAGGCACAGGGUUUAUCAUCGUUGCCAUAGCUGUUUGUAAUGUAGUCUUGGUUGUGGCAUUGACUGUGAGCGUUACUCUCUUAUGCCGACCACAGGCUCGGUACCACUCACUGGAAAAGCUAUAGGGAGUAUUCACUGACGGCCAUAUCCGUGUGCGCUGCUGCUGAGCGCGUGCUGACGGCGAGUUUCCGCAGUCCUUUUGGAGCGUGCAUUUAGCACCAUCAAGGUUGGCGGUCUUAGAGGGCUAUUAAUGUGAGCUCGUUCUGAGCAUGCGCUCUAAACAUCGCCCUCAAAUAUGGCGCCAGUGAAUACCUCCUAUAAGAAACUGUGUUCCGAACAUCGAGUGUAUAAACCAAGUGUGGCCAAACUGCGGCUCGCGAGCCGCAUGUGACUCUUUGCGGGUCAAAGUGCGGCUCGCGGCUCCCUGAUGAGUGAUCUCCCACUCCCAUUCAGUGUCCCCAAGACGAAAAUAGUUCGAGAAUUGAAAAAAAACUCACAGUGCUGGCAGCCGUGUACUACACCCCGUACAUACAGCUGGACUGCCUUUUGAAAUAUAGAUAUGUUCAUUGACCCUGUUUCUUUUAUUGUUCACGAAGAAAUUUCGAACUUUAUGGGCAAACAGCACCAGGGCCAGUGGCUGGCUAGCGAACCAUGCAUUGAUUCAUGCUUAGCGCUUGAAGAAACGUUCUGCAGCCUGGUGUUAUUUGUUGUAGUCGACAAUUAUACGUGUCCCCUCUGGAAAUGACUGUUCCCUCCAUAUCGUUUCUUGUUAAAAGUAUUCCCCCCCUUUUUUUUUCUUCUCCGGUUUUUUGAACUUUUGUAGUUAUGUCUCCGGCUCUAAGCCCCUGUCACUCUGGCCAUCCUUGGUACAUUCCGACCCACUGUUAUAUUUUUGUGGCGAUCAGUUACGCUACUGCAGUGUUGAGGCCACCUUCUGUGCGUGUGUUUGUUUUGAAGACCAGCGACUUGAAGAAUAUCACACUAUUUAUAAAAUAAGACAUUUCGUUCGCCUGGAAAAGUAGGAUUGUCAAGUUCUGUUUGUGUACAGCUUAGAAGAAGUGAGUGAAUUACGAUUUCGUAGGCGGUAUUCAACCGCCGUACAAAUUCUAAACCACGUGAACAUCGCGUGUCUCAGUAUGUUGUUUUCUGAGACAGCAUGUGUCAAGGCUCUCCUGAAUAGGGGUACUUCUAGUCAUUAUGCGCACUUUUUUGUUGUUGUGGGCACUUGGAAAUAAAAUGCACGAAGUUUUCGUGGAA